AUGACGAGUCCAUGGAGAAGCAAGGAAGUGCAGGUUGGUUAUGAUCCUGAAAGUGAAUCAUAUCCAUCGUGGCUGCUCUCUCAACCUUAUUCUUGUCUCUUGCCUUCCGUUCAAGCACCUGGAACUUCAAUAGGCCAUCUGAAAGCAGAUAUUAAAAACCAAUUCGGAUUUCCAGAUGAUUGCAUUGUCUGCACUGGAACUAUCGAUACCAUAGCUGCAUUCCUUGCGGCCCGUGCUACACAACCGGGAAAAGCUGUAAACACUCUGCCACACUUUUUGAAUCAGUAUGUAAAACUAAAUUCUGGCUUAGCCAUCCUGCUACUGAGCACCAAAAGGGUCGAGGACACGAGGUAUGGAGUCUACAGCCACCGUCUUGAUGACAAGUGGCUAGUUGGAGGAGCUUCCAACACUGGUGGAGCUGUUCUUAGACGGCUUUUCAGCGAUGAGCAAUUACAGAGACUGAGCGGAGAAAUCGAUCCCGCGGUGGCAUCUCCUCUGGAUUAUUACCCUCUUCAGAGUGCUGGCGAAAGAUUUCCGGUGGCUGAUCCCAACUUGGCUCCCAGGUUUGACUGCUUCCUCUCUCAGGGUAUUCAUUUGUCCAAUUUCUAA